AUGGCUAUCAAUAAACAACAGAGUACUAUUGAAUAUUUUUCUAUUCAUCAUCGUUGUACUCUCAACGAACUUUAUGCUAUAAUUUCUUAUACACCUCAACUUCGUCGUCUUAAUCUGUGCCAUAAAUUUGAGAUUGAUUCAAAUAUUCGAACUAUAUUACCAAUAACAUUAUCAAAUUUAACAAAUGUUUCGAUACAUAUGCAUCAUGAAAAAUUUGAUGAAUUUGAAAUAUUCAUUAGAAAAAUAUGUUCGAAAUUAAAAAUUUUACGUGUUAAUACUUAUUCUCAAGAUAUAGCUUUUCUUAAUGCUUAUCGUUGGGAAAAAUUAAUUUUACAGUCUUUGUCUCAAUUAGAAGAAUUUUAUUUACGAUAUUAUGAACGAGCUGGUCCUGUACAUAAAUAUCCUAUGUAUAAUGGCCAACUAAAUCAAUUUGUUUCAUCUUUUUGGAUUGAACGACAGUGGAUAUUUGAAACUGAAAUCAAUAGUGAAUCUAUCAUUUAUUUAGUUGGUCCAUACAGAAAAAGAUGGUAUGAAAAUACACAAGAUAAGAUUUGUAAUUGUUCUCGUGAUCUUUUCAAAUCUACUCGACUUACUCUGAAAUAUUCUGACUCUGAUGAUAAUAAAAAAUUAGUGACAAUAGCUACUAAACGUAUUUUAACCGUAACACAAGUGUAUGAUUUAGAAAUUCUAGAAGAAACAUAUUUUAUUGGUGCAUUAAUCAAAAUUAUAAAUUUAUUACCAGAAAAUGUUAAAUUUGAAGAACGUUUUAUUUUUUCUUCAAUAGAAGAUACAAGUAAAAUUACAAAUGUAUAUCUUGAGAAAAUGAAUGAAAUUGAAGAAUUUUCUUUUCUUUCGGAAUUAUGUCCUUAUAUGAAGUCUCUCAAGGUUGAUUAUAUCAAAUAUAUGGAUGUCAAAUUUGUUCUACGCUAUAUAUUCAAAAAAAUUAAAGAAGAUUGUAAUGAACAUCUUUGUUUAUUAUGUUUACAUAUUCCAACAGUUGAUGAUGAAAUGAUUGGAAAAUUGAAAAGAAUGAUCAAUUUUGAAAAACUUUUAUUUAAUUAUACAAUUAAACGUGUAGCAGAUCAUAUAUUCAUCUUUCAUCGAAAGAACAGCUCAUUCUCAUUACCGCUGGCUAUCAAUAAACAACAGAGUACCAUUGAAUAUCUUUCUAUUCAUCAUCGUUGUACUCUCAACGAAGUUCAUAGUAUAAUUUCUUAUACAUCUCAACUUCGUCGUCUUGAUCUAUGUCAUAAAUUUGAGAUUGAUUCAAACAUUCGAACUAUAUUACCAAUAAUAUUAUCAAAUUUAACAGAUGUUUCAAUACAUAUGCAUCAUGUAAAAUUUGAUGAAUUUGAAAUAUUUAUCAGAAAAGUAUGUUCUAAAUUAAAAAUUUUACGCGUUAAUACUCGAUCUCCAGAUAUAGCCUUUCUUAAUGCUUAUCGAUGGGAAAAAUUAAUUUUACAAUCCUUACCUCAAUUAGAAGAAUUUCAUUUACGAUAUUAUGAACGAGGUGGUAGUGUAUAUAAAUAUUCUAUAUAUAAUGGAGGACCAAAUCAAUUCAUUUCAUCAUUUUGGAUUGAACGACAAUGA